AGGCCCUCUCGAGCUGCGGUGGAGGCACGUCUCGCCCUGCGUCGUCGCGGACAGCAGACACCGCCGAGGGAGGGUGUGGAACUGUGGCGGCGUGGCGCGGAUGCGCGGUGGAGAUUCUCCUUUCGUCUUCCUCCGCGCCAGGACAGCACCAAGCGGCUAGGGCCGUCCUCGCCCGCGUCUGGGCGGCACGUCUCGCCAUGUCGGUGUCGACCAGUUCGCGCCGCUUGAUGGUUCAGGCGCAGGCUGCAUCAGGCGGUGAGCGGCGGCGGCGGCGGCGUCCUCUCCUGUUGCGAGAUUCAGGCCAGGUGGGGGCUACGAGACGCCGCAUCGUCCGACGCGUCUUGGAGCGGAACAUCGAGGAGCAGUACCGCGCGGGGCACAUUGGCACCGAGGACGCACUCCACCUGUUCGACGAAUUGCUCCAUGUUGCCGGGCCCUCCUUGACCCGCGCCAUCAACUGCCUCCUCUACGUCGUCGUCGGCCGUGAUUGCCCUGCUCUUGGCGUCUGCCUCUUCAACCGGGUCGCAAGAGCCAAGGUGCCCCCCCACAAUGUCACCUACAGCAUCCUCGUCGGCUGCUGCUGCCACGCGGGCCGGUUAGACCUUGGUUUCGCCGCCAUGGGCAACAUCAUUAAGCUGGGUUUUGCGGCUGAAGCCAUGUUCAGUUCCAGCCACCUACUCAGGGCCGUCUGCGCGGAGAACAAGACCAGCUAUGCAAUGGACAUCGCACUCCGGCGAAUGCCCGAGUUUAACUGCAGACCGAAUGUUUUCUCCUACAGCAUUCUUCUCAAAGGUCUCGUGUUGAGAAGAGAAGUCAAGAGGCUCUUGAGCUUAUUCACAUGAUGGCCGAUGCUGGAGGUAGCUGCCAACCUAAUGUGGUGUCCUAUAGCACUGUAGUUGAUGGCCUGUUGAAAGAGGGUGAGGUGAACAAAGCUUACAGCCUACUUUGUGAAAUGCUACAUCAGGGGAUUUCACCGAAUGUUGUGACGUAUAGCUCAAUCAUCUUUGGCAUGUGCAAGGUUCAAGCUAUGGAUAAGGCCGAGGAGGUCCUUCAACAGAUGUUUGAUACAGGUAUUCUGCCAAAUAUUACUACAUAUAAUAGUCUGAUACACGGAUAUUAUUCAUCAGGACAGUGCGAAGAGGUGGUUCGUAUUUUCAAGAAAAUGUCUAGGAAUGGUGUUCAGUCGGAUAUUGCAACUUACAACAUACAGAUGGAUUAUCUUUGCAAGAGUAGAAGAUGUGCGGAAGCUAGGACGAUUUUUGUUCUAUGGCCGGUAGGGACCAAAAACCGAAUGUUACUAGCUACAGUACUUCAUGCGUAUGCUAUGGAACAGUCAUUUCAUGAUAUGCAUUGUCUCAUUGAAUUGAUGGUAGAAAAUGGUAUUGCACCUAAUCAUUCUGUGUACAACAUACUGAUAGACGCAUAUGCUAAAGGGAAAAUGGUUGAUGAUGUAAUGCACAUAUUUACAAAAAUGCGGCAGCAAGGAUUGAACCCAAAUGCUGUGAACUAUGGAACAGUAAUAAACUUACUUUGCAGUAUUGGCCGAAUGGAUGAUGCUAUGUUGCAAUUCAAUCAAAUGAUAACUGAAGAAUUAGUUCCUGAUAAGUGAUAUCAUAGUUUUCAACACUCUUAUAAGUGGUUUUUGUUCUUGUGGAAAAUGGGAGAAGGUUCAUGAACUACUUGCUGAAAUGUUGAAUCGUGGCAUCUAUCCCGACAAUGUGUUCUUCAACACAAUUAUGGAUCAGCUUUGCAAAAAUGGAAGGGUUAUGGAAUCCCAAGAUCUCGCUGACCUGAUGGUACACAUGGGUUUGAAGCCUGACGUGCAUACUUAUAACACACUGAUGGGUGGAUACUUUUUCAUUGGUAAGAUGGAUGAAGUGAGGAAGUUACUUGACCAUAUGGUCUCAAUUGGCAUGGA